CUUGGGCACUCCUUGUUUUUGUGCUCUGGAUGUGGAUCAAAACCAGCAGGGAUCCCAGCAGUCCUCCCCUGGUGGUUUGUGUGUAGGAAAUGGCAACUGCUCUCAGUGGCCGAAACCCUGGUGGACGUGGUCCUAACCGAAGUAAGGGUCGGAUUUUAGGCAUCAUUGAUGCCAUUCAGGAUGCAGUUGGGCCACCGAAACAAGCAGCUGCGGACCGGCGGACUGUGGAGAAAACCUGGAAGCUCAUGGAUAAAGUUGUCCGGCUGUGCCAAAACCCCAGACUCCAGCUGAAGAACAGUCCACCAUACAUACUGGACAUCCUACCUGAUGCCUACCAGCACCUGCGGCUCAUACUGGGCAAAUAUGAAGAGAACCAGAGACUCACACAUCUCAGUGAGAAUGAGUACUUUAAAAUCUACAUUGAUAGCCUUAUGAAGAAAUCCAAACGGGCCAUCCAGCUCUUCAAAGAGGGAAAGGAGAGAAUGUAUGAGGAGCAGUCACAGGACAGGAGGAACCUGACCAAGCUGUCUCUGAUCUUCAGUCACAUGCUGGCUGAAAUCAAAGCCAUCUUCCCUGGGGGACAGUUCCAGGGCGACACUUUCAGGAUCACCAAAGCUGAUGCUGCUGACUUCUGGAGGAGAUUUUUUGGAGAAAAGACAAUAGUGCCAUGGAAAGUCUUCCGACAGUGCCUUCAUGAACUGCAUCCCAUCAGCUCGGGCCUGGAGGCCAUGGCCCUCAAAUCGACCAUCGACCUCACCUGCAAUGACUACAUUUCUGUGUUUGAGUUUGACAUCUUCACACGCCUCUUCCAGCCAUGGGGAUCAAUUCUGAGGAACUGGAAUUUCCUUGCAGUGACUCACCCUGGCUACAUGGCCUUUCUUACCUAUGAUGAAGUCAAAGCCCGACUGCACAAGUACAUCAACAAACCUGGCAGUUACAUCUUCAGACUGAGCUGUACGCGGCUGGGUCAGUGGGCCAUCGGUUAUGUGACCAAUGAUGGCAACAUACUGCAAACCAUCCCCAACAACAAACCGCUGUUCCAGGCCCUCAUCGAUGGCUACAGGGAGGGCUUUUACUUGUUCCCUGAUGGUCGCAGCUACAAUCCUGAUCUCACUGGUUUAUGUGAGCUGACGCCUCAUGAUCACAUCAAAGUGACACAAGAGCAGUAUGAGCUGUACUGUGAGAUGGGCUCCACCUUCCAGCUCUGUAAGAUCUGUGCUGAGAACGACAAAGAUGUCAAAAUCGAGCCUUGCGGUCAUCUGAUGUGUACUUCCUGUCUUACAGCCUGGCAGGAAUCAGAUGGUCAGGGUUGUCCGUUCUGUCGUUGUGAGAUCAAAGGCACAGAGCCCAUCAUUGUGGAUCCCUUUGACCCACGAAACGAGGGCACCAAGUGUUUCUUCCUGGACCAGCACAGCUGCCACAUGCUGGAGCUGGAUGACGAGGAGGACCGGGAGGACUGCCUAGUCAUGAAUGGACUGGCAAACAUCAGGAAGCACUGUGCCGAGCGUCAGAGCUCACCCAUGGUGUCUCCCAGCUCUUCACCCGUCAGCCAACACAGGAAAGCCCACCACGGAGACCCCGGCCACUGCAUCCAGCACCUUGGCCUGCCCCCUGUCCCACCGCGACUAGACCUCAUCCAGAAAGGUGCUAUCCGCUCCCCGUCUGCCAGUCCCACCGGCUCCCCGAAGUCUUCACCAGGCAUGUCCAGGAAGCAAGACAAGCCUCUCCCAGCCCCACCUCCUCCUCAGAGGGACCCACCUCCACCGCCUCCUCCUGAGCGUCCUCCUCCCAUCCCCCCAGAGUCACGCCAUUCUUGGCUCCCCAGUUCCUCUUCUUUGUCAUCUUCUACUGGCGCACUGUCAGACUCCCAGAUGCCUUCCGAGACAUGGUGUACCAAAGACAGCCACCUGGCAGAUGCCCACAGGACUGGAGUCGAACACCAGGUUCAGCUAGGACCCUCUGGCCCCUCCCACUUGAACGGAAGACCACUCAGUUGUCCGUCUGCAGGAUUUGGAAGGUUGCAUCACAGAAUGGAGGGGGCAGGAAACUUGGAUAGCUCCAAGCCCUUCCCUAAUGGCGUGCAAGUCAGCGAUGAGUAUGAUAUCCUUCCCUCCCGGCUCUCGCCAACUCAGUCCACACUUGCCAGUAGCCACAAACCCACAAACCCUUUCACCAGUCCUGUGGUAGAACGACAGCAGAGGGUGAUGGAGAGGGCGGAGGAUGACUAUCAAAUCCCUUCAUCCAACCUCUGCCUGAGCCAGCCUCCAAUCUGCAUCUCUGUACCGAGCAGGCACUUGGAGAAUGGCUCCCCAGAGCCCUCCAUUGAGGAGAAGAAGUUGCGGCCCCCUGAGCCUGGUACACACUCAGAAUUGGUCAGGGGGUUGGUCCCGGGGGCAGCACAUACUGCCCUCUACCCCUUCAACACUACCCUGUCACCCUCUGACUAUGACAUUCUGCUGCCCCCCCAAGCAUUAGAGGAACCCUUCAACAACUGCCCUCUGUCCCAGCCUCCUCCUUCCCCUCCUCCCCCUCCACCGGCGCGGCACAGCUUUACCGAUCACUCCUCCUCUUCACUGUCCUCAUCCUGCAACUCCACGUCCUCCUCCUCUGUCAUAGCACGACCACACAGGCCCUCCUCUGGACAUGAGCACUUGCUGUUAAACCCUGCAUCGAUGGACUGUUCGCAGGCCCCCGCCAGGCCACCCAAGCCACUCCCCAGGAAGAUCCCUCCAGACAUUCAGUCAGGAAAACCCCACAGCAUGGAGUCAGAGACCGUGGAUGCCAAGAUCGCCAAGCUGAUGGGAGAGGGUUACUCCUUUGAAGAUGUGAAGCGGGCACUGAUGAUCGCCCAGUACAAAGUGGAUGUGGCCCGAAACAUUCUGCGAGAGUUUGCCUUAGUGGCCCCGAGACUGAACCUCUAGUCCUAGAGACAGUGAAAAGGGGAGCACAAUGAAGCUGUGCCUCUGAAUGAACUGAAUAAAAAAGGGCUCGUUUGUGCAGCUUGGCCUCAAACUGUUGGAAAAUACUCUGAUCAAAAGAAACAAAUAAUUAUUUCAAGGAAGACUCACCUUUUGUUGCUGAACAGAGAUGACGACAUACGACAAAGUGGCUAAAACCAAAUCACGGCAGAACACAGAGAAUCAAAAAAGGGAGAGAAGAGCAUCUGUGAAUGAUUUAAACCUGUGAAAAAAAAGAACCAGGCUUAUUGUUGUUUACAAUGGGCUUUUACCAGUGCUGGCCUCUGGUUUGCAAAUGCUCCUGUUUGUCUCUGGGCUUGGACUGCACGCCUGUUUUAAAGCCCUGAUCCUGCUAGUGCUGCUACUGUUACUUUCACAUCCUGCCACCCUCCAGAGUCUAUUUUGAAGGGCUUUUCAAAAGAGCAAGACAUUUGCAUCUCAUUUCAGCUUACAUGCUCAGCCAGUUUUAAGAGAUCAUUUUUAUUUACAACCAGUGGGGGGAGUCAGACUCCACUGAUUCUCUUCUCUAACUCUGCUUCUUACUCUCCUCUCAACAGUGUCCGCUGCCCCACCUACUUACUCUGCCUUUCCUUGUGUGUUGUGUGCACAGAAUAUUCCACUGUUUGCCCAGAGUCUGGCAGACUUGUAGGUCUUAACAAGGUCCGUUGAGUUAGGAGCGGUUAGAUGGAGCCGGAGGAUGUUCCCCCAGACCUGGAGAAAACUGUGAGACAGCUGCAGAGGAUCACUCUAGUUAGACUUGGUAUCUGGUGAAGCAAAGAGAUAGCGGGACAGUUAGUUAUCGCUCUUUGUUUCUGUUCCGAGACCAGAGAAUUAAUCAGCUGAGGCCUUUUUUAAUUACAUUCUUCAUCUGAGGACAGCAAGCCUAUGAAUGUAUUUGUUCUGCAUGAGCGAGCUGUACCUUUGUGCACUUUGAGCUCCUCUCAGGCCCAGUUUUGAAGUGAUUAAGUGGUUUGUGGACAUUUUUUAAUUACUCCUCAGUUGCUCUGUGUCAAAAGCCGGACAAUUGUGCCUGCAUUUCAACUCAAGCAUUUAAAUGACAGGAGCGAGUCUGUUGUGUUGAUCAGCGAGCCAGACGUCAUCUGUUAAAGCUUGGAGCCGAUGCGCUCAGCAGCUGUCACACUGCAACCUCCUGUCUCCACUUCAAUUAUCCAGUCAGCAUAUGCUGAAAAUGUCAACAUUUCAACAUGUUUGAGGAUUCGCUCUCCGUCUGAUUUGGAGUAAGAAUCAAUAAAGUUGAACCAUAGAACCCUGCAGAGCGUUCAACAUGAGACGAAUCAUAUGCACCUUCACUGUGCAGGUGAAGUUGAAACCCCCUUACCUCAGAAUCUGGAAUCAGCUGUACCAUAAUCUAGAAUCUGGAAUCACCUAAUGACUGCACCAUAUUUCACCUAUGCACAUAGGCCUACUGGUUUUGUUCAAAUGUAUUUUUUUUCCUUGUGGAAUGGAGAUGUAUAAAAGAUGCAGAUCAGUGCUGGACCUGUUAGUGGUGUUGUUUGCUAUGUUUACAUGGAUGAUAAAACUUGGCUAUUAUUUUAAAUUAAAGAAUCAUUUCAGUUUA